AUCACAUUUCCCUUUCAAAUUCAAACAAUUUUUGUUGCAAUGGUUACCAAUUCAUCAACCAACAUUGUUGAGCUCAAUGAAGUAAUUGUAGCUGUAAUUCCAUGGCCAGAACAUGGUCAUCUCAAUCAACUUUUCCAUAUUGCUAACUUCAUCUCUUCUCACAAUAUCCCUCUUCACUUCAUCUCUCUCACUGAUCGAAAUCAAGAUCUAAAAAAUCGCGUCCAAAAUACCUCAAAAAUCCAUUUUAAUGACCUUUUAGCACCCCCUCUGACCCAAAUUUCAGAACCCAGAGAGGAUUUUGCUGAUGAGUUUGCAUUUUUGGAGUUUUUGGAUAAAUUGGGGGAACCCAUUUAUGAAAUUUGUGUUGAAAUCUCGAAGAAGGCGAAGAAAUUGGUGGUUGUUUUUGAUUCUUUGAUGACGGAUGUGAUUAAGGGAGUGUAUGCGAUAUCAAAUGUUGAGUGUUACUCUUUUCAUGCGAUUUCAGCUUUUUGUAUGUAUUCUACAUUUCAACAGGUUGUUGGUGAAGUUGAAGACGGAGUUGCACGCCAAGUGUUCGAUGAAAUGCCUGAAGUGGGGGAUUGUUUUGGACCCCAUAUAUUUGAGUUUGUGCAAAAGGAAAGGGAAUGUAAUCUUCAUUGUGGAGAGUUUAUGAAUUCUUGUAGGGAAUUAGAAGGGGAGUACUUGGAUUUACUUGUCAAUGUUAGGAAGAAGCCAUUGUUUGCUCUUGGUCCAUUUCAUAUGUUGCAAGAAUUACCCGAGUCAUCGGGCAAUAGGAAUCGCCACGAGUGUCUUGAGUUUCUCAACGAGCAAGAUUUUGAUUCAGUAAUGUUUGUUUCGUUUGGAACGACUACUACAUUGUCGCGAGAGCAAGUGAAUGAGCUUGCGCUUGGUUUGGAAAGGAGCAACCAUAAGUUCAUUUGGGUGAUAAGAGAAGCGGAUAAAAAGAUGGAGACGGAGAAAUGUGGAGGGAAAGAUUCGAACUUUGAAUUGCCAGAAGGGUUUGAAGAAAGAGUGGAAGGAAGAGGAAUGGUGGUGAGGAAUUGGGUGCCUCAAUUGGAAAUCUUGGGACAUAAAUCUACGGGAGGGUUCUUGAGUCACUGUGGAUGGAAUUCUUGUAUGGAGAGCGUUAGCAUGGGAGUUCCUAUAGCAACUUGGCCAAUUCAAGUGGACCAACCGUAUAACGCUGUUUUUGUAACCAACGUGCUGAAGAUUGGAAUCCCGGUUAGGAGUUGGGCUCGUAGGGAAGAAUUGGUAACAGCAACAACUAUUGAGAAAGCUGUCAGGACUUUGAUGGGUACACCGGAAGGAGAAGAGAUUCGACAGAGGGCAAUCGAGUUGAGCAAUAAGAUCAAGAACUCUGUUAGUCAUGGAGGAAUUGCACAUAAGGAAAGGGAAUCUUUCAUUUCUUGUAUUACCAAAUAAAUUUCACUCAAUGAACAUCAACAUUUUGUAUCAAGUAUGUCAUGAAUAACUAUUUUUCAA